CGCACGCCCCGAGCCGGCCGGCGGUCCAGCCAGCCACGACGCCGUCUUCUUCCUCUUCUUCGCCCCCGUAUCAUCCCGCGCGUUUCCCCGUUCCACCUGAUAUCACACGAUCGGUUCCGUCCGUUUCCUUUCCGGGCCGUGACCCGCCGCUACACGGAGGAAUUGUCGAAAAGUCGCGCGACGUCGGGCGAGCGAUCCCGCUGGAUUCCGGCAGUUUGCUUCCGGAAGGAAGGUCACCGCGCACGGUAACCCGGAGGACACUCGUCGUUGGCAUUUCGAGGCCAAAGCCCGGCGUUCUCCUACUGUGAGUUCCACCCGACGGAUGAUCGCGCUUCCCUGCGCUGCCGGAGGAUAUCGCCGAACCCGAGGUGCGACGCGAGUGUGUGCGCAUCGGAGUACAUAAAUGGAUAAGAUAAAUAUCGGUUUGGUGCGAUGACGUUAUUAACGCGACGGGGACGAUCGCGAACUGCUUGACGGCUCGCGCGGUGUGCGUGAAUGAACGACGUGCGCGUCGUCGGUGUGUGCUUUCUGUGCUUGCGAACGAGCGGCCGAGGAGCGGCCGAGAAUGCGUCGCUGUCGUUGAUAUCGAUUGACGACGAUGCGCUCGUAGGCGCGACACGACGAGCACAGAAGGUUUGUUCGGGGGUGCGUCGGCAGGAAGAGGGAUACAGUGAUAAGCGGGACUGCGUCGUUGGACAGAUUUCGCGCAGGCGGAAAGCGACCGGAAAUCGCGCGUCGCACCAAAUACUUCGCCGACAAGCACGCGACAACGCGAGAAAAGCGUGCAAAAUGUUAGCUCGCUACCUCAAACGGAAAGAGGGCAGGUCGGCUUACAGGCCAGGACGGCUGACACCGAGGGAUUAAAGAGCGUCGAAUGGACGUGGGCGAUUUGUCGAGCCCGGGAGGAUUGUCAGGGAGCGGAACCAUCUCGGGUGCGACGGGUGUUGGUAUCAUCGCCAACACGACAUCCGCCACCUCAGGGUGGUGGACGCCUACGUCGACGAUCACCUCGGCAGCGGCCAACACCGACGUGAUGAAUCAGCUCUGCAGGGUUUGCGGAGAGCCGGCCGCGGGUUUUCACUUCGGGGCCUUCACGUGCGAAGGCUGCAAGUCCUUCUUCGGGCGCACCUACAACAAUCUGGGCAGCAUUUCCGAGUGCAAAAACGGCGGGGUCUGCGUGAUCAACAAGAAGAACCGCACCGCCUGCAAGGCGUGCCGCUUGCGAAAGUGCCUGAUGGUGGGCAUGUCGAAGUCGGGCUCGCGCUACGGCCGCCGCUCCAACUGGUUCAAGAUACACUGCCUGCUGCAGGAGCAGUCGCAUCAGGCGCAGACACGCCUGAUCAAGGACCCGAAGACCGCGUACGAGAAGGCCUUCGGCUCGUUGGACGCGGCGAACAACAACAACAGCAGCAACAGCAACGCCGAGAACGCGAGCAACACGAGCGCGAGCAGCGUGGUCAGCAUCGUCACCACGGCGACCACCACGGCGAACAGUUACCAUCAUCAUCUGCACCACCACCAUCACCCGGACCGGUUGCCCAAGAGAGAGGACGGCGGCGCUCUCAGGCCGCAGGACAUCCCGAUGCCGCCGCGGACCAGCCAAGAGCCGAUCCUGAGGCCGGGCGACCUCGCGAGGGCUCCGCACGAGCUCCUCAGGCCGGAGGUCUCGAGGUUCCCCAUGUGGAGGGGCCCGCCGUUGUUCCACCCGGCGCUCACGCACAUGCAGCUGCUCAACACACCGUUUUUCCCGUUCCAGCAGCGCUUCAUCGUACCUUACGUCAACCAGGUGGGUCCGCCGCAGAUGGUGACCAGUCUGUCGAGCUCGUCCAGCGAGAGCGUGACCCCGCGCUCGACCCCGUCGCCCAAGAGGAGCGAAGAGAGCCGCGAGGUCGGCCGCGAGACGGUCGAGCGAGGAUGCCCGCGGGCAGCCUCGAUCGAGGUCACGUACGACAAGAGCCUGGCGUUCCUGCGAUCUCUCGGCCCGGAGCAAGAGGAACCGAUGGACCUCAGUAUGAAGGAAGGAGCGCGAACGGACGCGCAGGAGGCGGACGCCGGUAGCACGGAGGAGGAGGACAAGUCGAGCGACAGCGAGGACAACGAGCUCCUUCAAGACACCGGGCCACCGUUGGACCUCACUCGGAAGACAUGACCACGGAUACCCGAGGAAGGUGCUCGAUAGGAACUCGACCGAAUCUCGGACGUUCCGAAGAAAUCGUCGCCGAGUGACGGUGGCCCGUCGAAGAUGGCUCCCGAGCGUAGCGACGGAAGCCGAGGGCACCGGGAGCAGCGGUGAACGCUCGAAGGGAGAGAAAUAACGAAGGAGGGAAAGAGGAACGAAGGAGGUACAGUUACAUCGUAAUAACGCGCGCGCGAGAAUCACGCCGUGAAGUGUCAAAGGUGCGCCUCUCGGCGCAAGAAACGAGAGGACGAGCCAGGUGGGGGGGAAGGAGGAGUAGCCGAAUACGAUUACGUCCAAACGACACGAGGGAAAAGUGAGAGGAGGAAGAAGCUGAGAGCUACGCGGCUCGCUCGAUGUUGAGGAGGAGGAAGAAGAAGAAGAAGAAGAAGUGCCGCGCAUAGCCAGCCGGCAUAAACGGCUUUACGAUCGGCGACCGUCCCGAUCGAUGAAAAUUGCUCAAGCCGCUCGGUAUCAGCCGGACACACGGUCCCUUUGGCCCGGUCGUACCCUGGCAGGCAGGUGUACGCCGACCUGGGGGUUAUCGGGUCGCGAUAUGUAUGUCCUUUUCCUGUCGGGGCGACGUACGAUGGUGCCUUAUUUUAAGCGGUGCUCUCGCGAGCGUCGCGGCGGUUUUCACCGGCGCGACAGUUUAACGUUAAACGAUAUAUGUAACCGCAACCGUUCUCGAUGGCCAGUGAGUAGUGCUUCGCGCGUACCGUCGCGAAAAGAAAACACCGGUUCGGCGGUGUCCGCGCGCUUCGAUUCCGCGCUCGUUCGCCAGGAACUCGCUCGCCGCAGGCGAACUCGGUGAGGGUGACGCGCGGCCGGGAUAAAUUGUGAUUUCGCGAAUUUCCAGUACUCCUAGCGUAACUUAUAUUUUCCGAGGAUCCUUUUCGAAGGUGGGAACGCAAGCGGCGAGGACGCUCCGAAAAAUGCUCGCCGAUCGCGCCGAUCGUUCGCGGAUUCGCGAGAUCGCGAUUGCGCUCAAGUACAAAAAGAGAAGGGAGAGGAGAUGAUGCGGUAGUCAACACGAUCGGAUGAUAUCGCGCGCAUCGUUCGAGUGUCUCGAGUGUCCGAGAGAGAGAGAGAGAGAGAGAGAGUGAGUGAGUGAGGUGGAAUAAAAAAUUAUUGUAUACCUGAAUGUGACACCUUGAUCAUCGUUCAUUAAAUCCCUUCAUCGAUCUCCGAUCUCGCGCACAUCGGCACGGCCGCAUACGUCGACGAACGCGAGACGGUAUUCCAUUACUUUCGUCUCGCGCGCGUCUCUCACAUUCCUCAAGUGCGGCCGCGUAUUAUAAUAUCACAUAUGCGCGCGAGAGAGCGUAUGUGUGGACGCGUAUCAUCGUACCUCCGAUGUUAUUUAUCUAGCAAUAAAUUUGUCCGGCUUGAUAUACUACGCGAAACACGUUUUCCCGAUAGUUUCACGCCGAAGCGACGCGACG